UCACAGUUUGGAGCUUCAGCUCCGCUGUCUGCCAUCAUGGGACUGGAAACCAACUUCAAAUACACCAGUCAUCGGCUUCAAUUCACGCCGUUCGGAGGGUAUUGCAAGCUCCUUAGAGACACGGCGUUGGAGUUGGCCAUCAUCUACGACGCUGCGAAGAAACGGUGCUGGUUGGCUCCAAAGCUCAGCUUAUUGAUGCAUAUGAGUCAAGCAUACGCUCUGGCAUGCCCUGGCUCACCUCAGAACCGCGUGCCAUUCGUUGACAGUCAUUCCGAUGCCGCCGAAUUGAUUCAGAUCCUUGAACCUCUUGGUGACACUCCUGUCCUCGGUGUAGAGACCGACGGCCUCCGCUUUCGGCAGUUGAUUCUUGGUCUUAAUGCGAAUUUGCUUACCACUGUUGCUGCUACGCAGAAAAGCACCCACAAAAGGCUCUACGGCUUUGAGUUUAUGGAUGUGGUGAAUUCGCCUGGUCGGGGCACUUGCAUGAAAUCUAUUUCUAUAUCUUGUACGGGGAAGUGGCUCCACGUUGUCAAUGAUGUUGACGCGGUUGUUGUAUGCUCCAAUAUCGACAAUGUCAUCACAGCUGUUACCAGUACGACCAGCGGCAACGGCCCGCCAAUCGGUUCAGGCAAUGCCAAGGUAUGCUCUACGAUUCCAGAGGGCCUGGAUUACCUUGCUAUGACUAUCCCAUGUCUUACUCGACUCUUACACCGCAAGGGUGUUGAUUAUUCGGCGAGAACCUCUUCAAAUGGU